CCCACCAUUCCACACCAUUGUCUGCAAAAGCUUUGCGUGGCGUUGCUUGACCUCCACGUCUCCCUUGCACGUCGAGCACUGUCGAAGCCAUGACUGAGCUCAUCCGGGAUACCGCCUUUGGGCACAUCGUCCGCUUCGUCUCGCGAGGAAAGCUCCUGCAAUACGCCGAAGAGAGGGAUCCAUCGAUCUACACCCGUUACCUGGACGAGAAGAAGUCGGGAUACCUGGCUCAUCACGGCGACACGAACCCACCUGAAGAUGGGAAGGAGCCAGAAUUGGCGGCGCUAGGAGGCGCGAGGACGCGUGAGGAGAAGAGAAGGUCUUCGAGCCGGUCUUCUAGGACGGAAGUGGGAGAUGAUGUGAACCAUGCUAGUGGUGUCAAGGUCGAUCCAGAAAAGGGAAAGAAUAUCGAUGUUGUUGGCUGGUAUGGAGACAACGAUACUGAGAACCCUCAGAACUGGGGUCUCUUUAAGAAGUGUUUCGUCACUUUUCAGUUGUGUCUGCUUACGCUGUCCGUCUACAUCGGUUCCUCUAUCUACACCUCCGGUCUGCAGUCCGUGAUGGAGGUCUUUGGCGUAAGCCAAGUUGCCGCAGUUCUCGGACUGUGCCUCUUUGUUGCUGGCUACGGUCUUGGUCCCAUGCUGUGGUCACCGAUGAGUGAGAUCCCUCAAAUCGGCCGCAACCCCAUCUACAUCGGCACUCUGCUGGUGUUCAUCGCUCUGCAGGCGCCCACUGCCUUGGCUAGUAACUUCGGAAUGCUGCUCGCUUUCCGCUUCCUCACUGGAUUCUUCGGCUCGCCCGUACUGGCCACUGGAGGUGCAUCCUUGGCCGACAUCUGGAGCCCAAGAAAGCGUGCCUACUCCAUGUCUAUCUGGGGUAUCGCAGCUGUGUCCGGCCCGACUCUUGGUCCGGUUGUCGGAGGCUUCGCGGUUCAAUACGCUCCCGUCGGAUUCGGCGGUUUUACCGCCCCUUGGACGUGGCCAAUCUGGAUGCUGAUGUGGCUCUCGGCUGGCUGCUUCGUCUUCUUGUUCUUUUUCUUCCCGGAGACCAGCGCAAAUAACAUCCUCCUUCGCCGCACCAAGCGUCUGCGCAAGUUGACGGGCAACGACAAGCUCACCUGCGAGUCGGAGAUUCAGUCCAAGGAGAUGUCUACCAAGGACAUUGUCAUGAUGUCUCUCGUCCGGCCUUUCACCCUCAACUUCCUCGAGCCCAUGGUCUUCAUGCUCAACCUUUACAUCGCUCUGAUCUACGGUCUCCUCUACAUCUGGUUCGAGAGUUUCCCCAUCGUCUUCGUCCAGAUCUAUGGAUUCAGCCUGAGCCAGGAGGGUCUCGCUUUCCUCGGAAUCUUCGUCGGCGCUCUCAUCGUCAUCCCUCCGUUCUUCCUCUACCUGUACUUCAUCCAAGAACCGCAAUUCGAUGAGAACGGCAAUAUCAAGCCGGAGAAGCGUCUCGUUCCUUGUAUGGUCGGAGCGUUCUGCAUUCCAAUCUGCCUAUUCUGGUUCGGCUGGAGUUCUCGACCAAGCGUUCACUGGAUCGUCCCGAUCGUCGGUUCCGGAUGGUUCGCUAUCGGAGCCUUCCUCUUGUUCAACGGUGUGCUCAACUACCUGCCAGACGCCUACCCAGAGGUCGCCGCCAGUGUCCUCGCCGGCAACGAUUUGUUCCGUUCGGCCUUCGGCGCUGGCUUCCCGCUCUUCGCGUCGGCAAUGUACAAGAAGCUGGGCGUCGACUGGGCCAGCAGCACGCUCGCUUUCAUCUCGAUAGCGUUUAUCCCGAUUCCGUUCGUGCUGUACAAGUACGGCGAGACGCUUCGCAAGAACCACUCGAAGUUUGCGAGGAAGGACAUUUGA